AUGAUCAACUCCAUGGGCACCACCAACUGGACAGGCUACGACCUUGAAGCUUACAGCCAGUUUGGUGAUACUUCUUCAUUCAUGACCCCUUCGUUAUCUAGUGGAAGCUCUGGAAGCUCUGGAAGUAUCUCAAGAAGUAUCAUGGACGGCGAUGAGAAUAUGACGCCAGGCAAUUUUGGGUACGGCGAAACUGGCGUAUCCUUCGAUACCAACUGCUUCAAUGAGAUCACUGGGCAGAUGGACUUGUAUCAGCCCGAUUGGGAAUGGGAACCUCAGGACGACGCGUACUUGAGUCAGUUUUUUUCAGACAACGCGGAAUCAAAAUUGGAACUGCCCAACAAUGACGACAUACCGCUCGCCAUAUCGUCAAACCAAUCGUCGCAGCCGAGUAUGAAAGUCCAUAGAGGCAAGAGCGUCAAGAAUCGGCAGCCUCCGAAUGGUGCGCCGAAAAGGAGGCACAAAUGCCUAGGCUGUGAUAAGAAGUUCUCACGAACUGCCGAUCUUCAGCGCCACGAAAAGCAUGUCCACCUCGAUGAGCGCAGCAAGCUGAAUAUUGUCUGCGACUAUACGGAGUGUCCGCGGAACAAGCAGCCCUUUUCCCGCAAAGACCACUACCGCGAGCAUCUGCGCGACUCUCAUGGCGAAGAUAUGACGAAGCGGGGAGGAAACGUGCAUCAGUCAGCGGGACCGCCUAAAAACAUGGCAUCUUCUGCCGGCAGCGGCAAGGGUAGUAAAGUGGGGGACAACGGAAAGGGAAAGGCCGUGAAGAUGGAGCUUCCAGAGAGCCUCAAUUACAGCAACUAUGAGCAAGAUGACGACACUUUCGAGAGAGAGCACGGUGACAAUGCCGUCAGUAAUGCCGACGCACUUGGUUUCGACUUUAAUGCGAAUGGCGAAAGCUCUACUUUCAAUGCAUUAGCCGACAAGGAGGAAAAGUCGGGCUCGGAAGAGGAGAGACUGCGAAACUGUCGUGUGGACCUCAGCUGGUGGCGGUGCUCUCGUUGUUUGCUGAGGGUACCGCUCAUUAGAGACGAUUACAAGCUGGACUGGACGUGUGGUAACCCGACGUGUAGAGUCGACAUCGAGCCAAUAAGGAAGACGAUACGCGAAGAAAUGGCUGCUGCUGCUGCUGCUGCUUCUGCCAGGCAAUGUCCUUCUGGUGAUGGGGUGAAGCUCUGGGGGACCGAGCUGAAUCAUCAUGGUUACAGAUAA